AGAACAGUAUAAAUCUUACAAGUUUUCACCAAUGGCUUCUUUUAGCUUCUCUCGUAGCAAGAAGCUGCUGCAUAUAUAGUUACUUUUUAGGACUUAGUUUUCAUAUCAUCGACUUUGUGAAGCUUCAAAGCUGCAUGGCCAUGGAUUAUUCUUACACUGUGGCCUGCGUAGGGUUUGUUCUUUUGAUCGUUUUUAAUCUGAGUUAUUUGGGAAAUGCUGCUGAGAAUCAAGGGUUAGGAGCUUCUUUUAUCUUUGGUGAUUCUCUGGUUGAUGCUGGAAACAACAACUAUUUGCCCACGUUGUCGAAGGCCAAUAUGGCUCCGAACGGGAUUGAUUUCAAGGCGUCUGGAGGAAAACCAACUGGAAGGUUUACCAACGGCAGAACCAUUGGUGAUAUUGUUGGAGAAGAAUUGGGGCAACCAAAGUAUGCACUCCCAUAUUUGUCACCAGAUGCCAAAGGGAAAGCCCUAUUGGUUGGGGUGAAUUAUGCAUCAGGAGCAGCAGGGAUUAUGAAUGCAACAGGAAGAAUAUUUGUUAAUAGGGUGGGAAUGGAUAUCCAAGUUGAUUUUUUCAACCAGACAAGGAUGCAGAUCGACAACGUAUUGGGUCCAUCACAGGCAAAAGAGUACAUUAUGAAAAGAUCUAUUUUUUCAGUCACAAUUGGGUCCAAUGACUUUUUGAACAAUUAUCUACUACCAGUCCUCUACAUUGGAGCAAGAAUUUCUCAGAGCCCAGAUGCUUUUAUUGAUGAUUUGAUCUCUCACUUCAGAGUCCAACUUACUAGACUUUAUCAAUUGGAUGCUCGCAAAUUUGUGAUUGGAAAUGUUGGACCUAUUGGAUGCAUACCUUACCAAAGGACCAUAAAUCAACUGAAUGCAGACCAGUGUGUGGAUUUGCCAAAUAAGCUAGCUCUUCAGUACAAUGGGCGGUUGAAGGGCUUGCUUGCUGAACUGAGUGAGAACCUUCCAGGAUCAACAUUUGUUUAUGCAAACGUGUAUGAUGUAGUGAUGGAUGUCAUUACAAAUUAUGACAAAUAUGGAUUUACAACAGCAAGUGUAGCAUGCUGUGGAAUUGGUGGCCAAUACGCAGGUAUAAUUCCAUGUGGUCCACAAUCCAGUCUCUGCAAGGAUCGGUCGAUGCAUGUUUUCUGGGAUCCCUACCAUCCAAGUGAAGCUGCCAACCUUAUACUUGCCAAAAAAUUGCUUGAUGGAGACACAAGAAUCAUUUCUCCAAUGAAUCUCAGACAACUCAGAGACCAUGGAUUAGGGUAACUAUGUAAUGGUGGUUAACUUAAUGUGCUGCUGGAUUUGUUGGUGACAUACCCCUGCAUUUGUGGUAAACUUUGUGUCAGUUUAAGGUUGCCUUUAAUAAGCCUUGAGUAGGCCUUCAGGCUAUCUUAAAUGAGUUAGUGUUUUUUAGGCAUGCUACUAUAGGCCCAUACCAACAGAUUGAAUGAUUGGUUGUUUGUUUUAGGUUGUUUGCUUACUCCAUAAGUAAUUCAAUUUCAUUAUCAAAUGGAUUGUACCAUAAGGGUGUUAAAUCUAUGUUAAGUUCUUUUUUA